GGCCAGAACUGGGGCCUGCCCACCUGCCUGGAUAUCCAGGUGUGUCCAGACCAAAGCUGAGCUCUGUUGGCAGCAGGAAGAGAGACUCCUGUUGAGCAGGCAGCCUGUUCGCCAAGCCAGCCCCAUCCACGGCUUCUCUGAGCUUCUCAGAUGAAAAAGCUCUGGAGAUUGUUUGCACACCAGUGUGGAUGUACUUACUACUGGACUGUAUACUUACAGAGUGUCCAAGCACGAAGCUGUGCACACAGUCACUCCCCGCAGAGAUGCUUAGGAUGUGAUCCAUGAAUCGCAAAUCCCAGCUAGUGCUCACAAAGACGGACAUUUCUCCCCAAGACCAUUCCAGUGCCCCAGAGGUCCACAGACAUCCAGGAAGAUGCAGCCAGCAGACAAAGAAUGGCAGCCACCGAAGCGCUGAGGGGAGCCCUCCCGGCCAUUUCUGUCCCAGCUCCAAGGGUCUCUCCACGAUGGCCUGCAACAGCACGUCCCUUGAGGCUUACCCAUACCUGCUGCUGAACACCAGCAACGCCUCGGACUCCGGGUCCACCCAGUUGCCCGCACCCCUCAGGAUCUCCUUGGCCAUAGUGAUGCUGCUGAUGACCGUGGUGGGGUUCCUGGGCAACACUGUGGUCUGCAUCAUCGUGUACCAGAGGCCGGCUAUGCGCUCGGCCAUCAACCUGCUGCUGGCCACUCUGGCCUUCUCCGACAUCAUGCUGUCCCUCUGCUGCAUGCCCUUCACCGCCGUCACCCUCAUCACCGUGCGCUGGCACUUUGGGGACCACUUCUGCCGCCUCUCAGCCACUCUCUACUGGUUUUUUGUCCUGGAGGGCGUGGCCAUCCUGCUCAUCAUCAGCGUGGACCGCUUCCUCAUCAUCGUCCAGCGCCAGGACAAGCUGAACCCGCGCAGGGCCAAGGUGAUCAUCGCGGUCUCCUGGGUGCUGUCCUUCUGCAUCGCGGGGCCCUCGCUCACGGGCUGGACAUUGGUGGAGGUGCCGGCGCGGGCCCCACAGUGCGUGCUGGGCUACACGGAGCUCCCCGCUGACCGCGCCUACGUGGUCACCUUGGUGGUGGCCGUGUUCUUCGCGCCCUUUGGCGCCAUGCUGUGCGCCUACAUGUGCAUCCUCAACACGGUCCGCAAGAACGCCGUGCGCGUGCACAACCAGUCGGACAGCCUGGACCUGCGGCAGCUCACCAGGGCGGGUCUGCGGCGCCUGCAGCGGCAGCAACAGGUCAGCGUGGACUUGAGUUUCAAGACCAAGGCCUUCACCACCAUCCUGAUCCUCUUCGUGGGCUUCUCCCUCUGCUGGCUGCCCCACUCCGUCUACAGCCUCCUGUCUGUGUUCAGCCAGCGCUUUUACUGCGGUUCCUCCUUCUACGCCACCAGCACCUGCGUCCUGUGGCUCAGUUACCUCAAGUCCGUCUUCAACCCCAUCGUCUACUGCUGGAGAAUCAAAAAAUUCCGCGAGGCCUGCAUAGAGUUGCUGCCCCAGACCUUCCAAAUCCUCCCCAAAGUGCCUGAGCGGAUCCGAAGGAGAAUCCAGCCGAGCACAGUCUACGUGUGCAAUGAAAACCAGUCUGCGGUCUAGGGGGUCAGGGGGCCACAGAGAAGGGGCAGCUGAGCCCCAGUCCCAGGGUGGGUCUGUCCUGCUCUGUUCCCUGGCAUGUUGGUCAUAGUCUGCACUUUGUGGUGGCUAAUUUAAGCACAAGGUACUCAUUUGUCAUCAGACGAGCUGCAGCUCCCAAAUUUCAAAUUUUGGCAAGAUGAAUUAUUUUUGUUUCUCUUUGCAGAAGAGCCAAAUAUGGGGCUGAUGGGAACUGCAAAGUCAUUAAGGCAAAAAUAGAGUGGGCUGGGGAGUGCAGAAGUUGGGCAGAAAGGGAGGAGGAGGGCAACAGGGAAUGAAGCUGGCUGACUGUGGGGCAGCAGGACCGGUCAGUCACAAGAGCUUCAACCUGCCCUGAGAGCCCUCUCUGCACCUGCUCAAGAGAAACCCUGAGAAACUCCAGUAGGUGUGAGCUCCUGGGUGUUCAUUCAUUUUGUUUGACACCAGGGCUCUUCAGCUAUUGAUGAUUGUGGUGUGUGGGGACUCACGUGA